AGCCGGAGGAAGCGCGGCACGAUGAGCGCGGGCGACGCCGUGUGCACGGGCUGGCUCGUCAAGUCGCCCCCCGAGAGGAAGCUGCAGCGCUACGCCUGGCGCAGGCGCUGGUUCGUGCUGCGGCGGGGCCGCCUGAGCGGCGACCGCGACGUCCUGGAGUACUACCGAAGCCAGCGCGCCCGCAAGCCCAUCCGCACCAUCGACCUCAGCGAGUGCGCCGUCUGGAAGCACGCGGGCCCGGGCUUCGUUCGUAAGGAAUUCCAGAACCAUUUCGUGUUCAUUGUCAAGACUGCAUCUCGCACGUUCUAUCUGGUGGCCAAGACCGAGGAAGAAAUGCAGGUGUGGGUGCACAGCAUCAGUCAGGUCUGCAACCUCGGCCACCUGGAUGACAGCGCAGAUUGUGUGGAGAGUGGCUCUCACGCGCCUUCCUGCGUGCAGCCCUCUGCCGCCAGCUCCCUUUGCACCGCCCCUGCUGUCAGCUCCCUGCCAAGAGAUGACCCAAGCACUAGUACUGUAGCCACUGAGGAAACCGGAAGUGAGUCAGAGUUUCUCUUCCUUCCUGAUUAUCUGAUUCUAUCCAACUGCGAGACGGGAAGACUGCACCACGCCAGUCUCCCCACCAGAUGUGACAGCUGGUCAAACUCACUGGAACAGGGGUCCUUCGACGACGUUUUUGUGGACGGCCCGCAGCCACUGCCCUCCGGGAACCUGGCCUGCCCCUCACGCCCUGGGAACAGUUCUCAAGAGGCCCCUUCCACGAGGCCCCCGGCUGCCCUGAUCUGCACGAGACAUGUCAAUGGCCCGUCCAGGGACCACUUUUCUUUACCGGUGCUGGAAACUUCCUUAAACUCCACCGUCCAGGUAGAUCAAAACCAAGCUUCCUUGCCCUACGGGGUAAAAGAACUAGAUGUUAUGUCCAACACGCCACCUCCCCGCCCCCCCAAGCCAAGCCAUCUCUCUGAACGGCGCCAUGAGGAGCAGCUCCUGUGCGGUGGGCCCAGUAGCAUCAAGAAGCCGGAAGGCACUGUGGUACCGAGAAGAAUCUCUCUCUCUGGUUUAGAUAACAUGAGAACCUGGAAAGGUGAUGUAGAAGGCCAAUCUUUAAGACACCGAGAUAAGCGGCUAAGUUUAAAUUUGCCGUGCAGGUUCUUCCCGAUGUCCCCUCCAGCUUCCGCCAGCACUGAGGACAGCUACGUGCCCAUGAGCCCCCAGGCCGCCGCCUCUGCUCUCGGACCCCACUGCAGCCCUGACGACUACAUCCCAAUGAGCUCAGGAAGCAUCUCCAGCCCAUUGCCCAAGCUCCCGGCGGACCUGGAGCCUCCCCCCGUGAACAGAGAUCUCAAGCCUCAGAGGAAACCACGGUCACCUCCCCUGGACCUGAAAAGCCUCUCCACCAUCCGGGAACACACGUCUCUCACCAGGACCCGCACUGUGCCUUGCAAUCGAACCAGCUUUCUCUCUCCAGAAAGAAAUGGUAUUAAUCCUGCAAGAUUUUUUGCCAAUUCUGUUUCCAGAGAAGAGGAACAAAGCUACAUGCAAAUGGAGGAUCACGGAGAAGCCAACUUGCUGAGCAGUGGAGCUCUGACGUGGACGAGGAAAUUCAGCCUGGACUAUUUAGCCCUGGACUUCAACUCGGCGUCACCAGCCCCUGUGCAGCAGAAACUUCUCUUUUCAGAGGAGCAAAGAGUAGACUAUGUCCAAGUGGAUGAGCAGAAGACGCAAGCUCUCCAGAGCACCAAGCAGGAGUGGACGGACGAGAGGCAAUCCAAAGUGUGACGGGGCUGGGCUGCGGGCAGGGGGCUCUGAGGGAGGCCAGCCCUUGUCACCGGCCAUGCUGGCCCCUGCCAAGCCUCAGGCCGGUGGACCGGGAUGUAGAAAACUCCAUUCGGGCAGGGUAGGAACAAUCAAAGCAAAAGGGGCGUUAGAAAUCUUCUCCGGUGGAGCCUUUGACGUGCACAUUGGAGCCAACAGGAUGACAUCUUUUUACUCCAACGCCUGAAGUUUCGAUCUCUCUCCUGUGCUUCCACUGGAAUCAUAAAUGAUCCUAGGAGAGACGCGCCUGGGCACCAUCUUGUCCCCACCCCUGAAGGCACAGUGCAAGACACCAAGCCUAGUGAUGGUGGCAGAAGGACAAUGCGAGUGACAGGAGCCUUGAGUCCCGAGGUCCGUGAGGAGCACAUCAGAUGAGGCAGCCACCUGUGGCUGGGUGUCCCAUUGCUGUUGGCUUUCUCCCGGCAUGCUUUCACACGCAUCGUCUCACCUCUUCCCCUCAAAGACCUCGGAAGCUAGGCUUGGCAGAGAUCACUGCUCCCACUUUGAGGGAAACAAUACCAAGAACCAGAGAGGGGAACGCUUGACCCAAGACGACUCGUGGAGUGAGACAGCAAGUCAGGCUCCUUCCGCCGUCUAAUGCUGCCUCAAUCACUUAGGAUGACUUCAGAGACACGUGGGAAACACGUGCGGACACGGGAUGGCUCGUCCUCUCCUCUCCCUUUCAUAGGAUCUCGAGCAGGUGCUUUUACACGUGAAAGGUAUGCCUGUCGAGCCAGGGUUUCUUUGUAUGGUGCUCAAACGGGGCACUCGAACACAAUCAGCGGUUACCAUUAGAGACACCUCCCAACAGUCAGUGUGAAAUGCGUUCUUGGUUCACACGGUCCCCUUGCCACCUCGGGGAAAGCUGUCCCUGGCCAUCCUGUGCUGGACUCAAGCUUCUGAGUGAUAUAGUUCUGAUCCAAAACAAAAUCAAAGAACAAACCAAACACCGGUGACUUCAAGUCUCAGGUUUCCUGGCUACUUUUCCCUUCUGCUUUCGUGGCGACUAGCCCCUGAGACCGCACACAUUCCCAGCAUGCCAUGAGGGCAUCUUGUCACCCCUUCCUCUGUGGGGCACUGGGGUUCAGGGGACGCAGACAACAGGCUCGACUGGGCUCAGAGCUUUACAUAAUGCCCUUUGCCGAUCCUUCUGAGUGCCUGCGGCCAGAGGACAAACCUCAACAACCGGGUAGUAAGCAGGUUCCGGCCCACUGUUCUGCCACGGUGUCUUAUAUACGAGGAUGGACCAAGUAGGCGGGCAGGUCUGCGGCAGCCAGGGUGAGGCAGGGCAACUGUAGGCUUUGCUGCAGGGUUUCGGGGUUUCGAACUGCUCCGAAGGUAAGUACCAAAAUCUUGGUUUUUCAGACCAUAAAAGAAGUAAUUUUGAUGUUCAAAGCAGCACGGUAUGGUGACAUCAUUUUCUUCCCAGAGCAAGAUGGGGGCCAAUUGCCAAGGGCUUUAACUAAGUCCUUAGUGAGUCUGGAUGGAGCCAUGGGAGGGCUCCCUGAGCCCACGGCCUGCUCCAUGGCCAGAGCCUGUAAGGGGCUGCCUUCUGCCUUCUGUGACUUGCAGGGAGUCACAGAGCCUCAGGCAAGAAUCCAGGGCUACAGGCUGCCAGUUCCAAUAGAUGGUGGCUUCCUUAUGUGUGGGCCACCUGUGUUUAGCUCACUGAUUGCCUGACAAAGGCCAGUGCAGAAAAAUCGUACGUCCAAGUGUCAAGAAGCUCACCAGAUUGAAGAUAGAUUGGAAUAGUAAAUGCAGCUGAAACUUUGUCGGCAGUGAAAUGUCAUCCAGUUGACCAAAACACAAAAAUCUGUUUCUACAAGACAUUUCCAGGGACAUACUUACUGCACGAGACAAUAGACAUUUGUGCAGUGUGACUUGUCUGGAAGUGAUUAGGGAUGUAAAGAAAUAUGACUUCGCCCUCAUGUCCAGGGUGUGGAGGGUGAUGUCUUGCUUUGAUAAAACUGCUAAUGGACGCUACACAAAGGCAUAAUGAUUCAGGGACACAAAAUGCAGGUAGUUUUUGAGCUGACGGCAGCAUAUGCUCCUGAGAAGGGUACCGCAAAUCACAGUGAUGCCGGCCAAAUCUUGUUUUCCGGCAGAGAUAGUCCACGUGUAAUAGAGGGCUAUGUUUCUGAUGGGGUCUGAGGGAUUUUUGUGUUUUUUUUUAACAGAAAUGAUCCCAGAUACCACUCCAAGUCAAGUACACAUGGCAUGUCUGCACACUGUGCAGAGUACACCUUUCUAGAAGAUUUGGGAAUCAACAUAACGGGACAGUGCAGCAAUUAAUCUCGCAUUAUUUUCUGUAUCUCCUUUUUGCUUCGUUUCCUUCCGUCUCCUUUCAUGAGGAAAUACUUCCAGAUCAGGCAUUUUGUCAUGCAGAAAGGGGGACCGAAGGGUCUCAAGCCUAAGUCCACAGGCCCAGGAACGUUGGGAGUUAAGUCUUCCUUGGGGAGGGAGGAGCCCUGAGGCCCAGCACACAGCCUGGCUACAAGGGCACGGUGUGACCCUGGGGACUCAAUGUCCAGGCCACUUCACCACGCAGCGCGCAGCAGCUGAAUCGUGGCCAUUGGGCCCGGGUCGAGACUGAUGGCUCCCCUUAGGCCUGGCUUCCCCUCUCAAGGCCUCCUCCUAGGUCCCCGUUCAAACCACCUUUGUAUCCACAACCGUGCAGAUUUUUAACAAUUCACUAUGUUUUUACUGUUUCAUGUCUGGCAUUAAUAAAAGUCUUAUGAGGAGAGGAAUCGUGACCUAAGUGCCCUCUUAUUUAAGUGAUGACAUCUGAAAAACUACGGGACACGUUUUGAAACCUGAAUAAGUGGAAAUAGACUUCAUUGCCAUUUUCAAAUACAACAGACUUAACCUGACUCAACAUGGAAUGACCUACAUCCACGUUACUUCGCUGCAAACGGUGGAGCAAGUGGCUGUAAGAAGUACUGCUUCUGCUCAGCCAAACCACAUCCUUGACAUCUGGGUCAGCAGCUAGCUUCGAUAAUUGGCGGUAGAAUUACCGGCUCUGCCGGAUGCCACGUAUAACACAACCUUUGUCAUGACUGACACUACAAAGCAACAGUGCCCAGCUUGCUUCUCCCCAGAGGGGGUCUCUUGUGCCACCACCUCCCUUUUCCCUAUGGCCGAGACUCCCAGUUGCCCUGGAUGCCAGGUGAGCAGCAUCUCUAGGCCACGAUGUGAGGCAGAGACAACCAGAAUAGCAGGGGCUCAGGUCUGGGGGAAACAGGCCAAAAGCAGAGACCCUACAGCCAACGGGAGUCCUGGUGCUGAGAGAAAGGAGGAGAAGCCACGUGAAAUUCCUCACCCUGGUCAAGUACGAGGCUGGUUACCGUGAACGCUUUUUCCUGACACACACUCCAGGCCGAGCCCUUGACCUAAAGGAGAGUAGGUCGGCCCACAAGGCUAACCUCAGAAGCAGGGGCCGGGAAACCUGACCUAAAGGUCUCUGAGCCCCAGGCCCCUCAUGCUCUGGCCCCUUUACUUCACCAGACAGCUCCCUAAGUUUCCAGCUUUCUACUUCUUUAUUUUCCUUGAUCUUAGAUUGCAUUUAUUGUUAUCAUUUCCUUAUUUUAAUUGUCAUUUGUUUUUAUAAAUUUAGUUUUUAUUUUCUGCAACUGAGAGAGAGUGGCAGUGGUGCAGGCUGGGGCAGGGGCCCGAUGGGAGACAGCAGAGCUGAGAUGCAGACUCCCCGCCACGGGCACUUCACCGAUGGCAGAGGGGGGCUGGAGGGCCUCGGGGACAAUCACGGCUGCCAGGUCACUGGAGCCCCACGAGGAUGAUAGCGAACCUGACCCCACUCUGCCGCCACGUACAGACAUCGGUUCCUGGGGGAGCUCCGUGUGGAGGGCACAACAGUCCAUGGGACGCGUCCCCUCUGCCUUACCAGAGCCAUUUGGCUUCCAUCCAGCACUGUUGUUUUGGUCUUUGUUUCAUGGUCAAAACCUCCAUUUCAAUGAGUUUUAGCCUUUGUUUACCUUUGUAUAAACAAAUGCAUCCUACCUGUUUUACAUCUGUCUUGAAAUUUUAAAUCAUUUCCAUGUUUUUGUU